ACGCGUACAUGGAAUUGUAAAGGUUGAAAAGGAAAGUCCAUGACUUGGUCUUCUUCGCCUUCUUCCGUCUCUCUCUUCAUUCUUAGCUUGCUAAUAAAACCAAACAACGAAUCCAUUUGCACCUCAAUCCCGAUCGAUAAACCUGUUAUCUGUGAUCCAUCACUUCAACUCUGGUUCUUGUUAUUUGACAAUGGAGGAAGCAUAUGCCUUGAAGCAUUUUCUGAAAAUGAUCCUCCCACGGUUACAGGUUGCAAGCACGAAUUUCAUCUUCAGUGCAUUCUUGAAUGGUGUCAAAGGAGCUCACAAUGUCCAAUGUGUUGGCAGUCCAUCAGCUUGAAGGACCCUAGCAGUCAGGAGUUGCUUGAUGCUAUAGAGCAAGAAAGAAGUAUUGCAAAUAACCCAGCUCUGAAUGCAACGAUAUUUCAUCAUCCAACCUUUGGCGAUUUUGAGUUACAACAUUUGCCGGUUGGUGCGACUGAUUCGGAGCUUGAGGAACGUAUAAUUCAGCACUUAGCUGCUGCAGCAGCAAUGGGCAGGGCACGUCAUAUGGCUAGGAGGGAAGGCCACAGAACGAGAACAUCCGGGCAGGGGCAAGGGCGCCCUCGUUUUUUGGGUUUCUCUGCCCAACCUAGCGUACCUUCCCCUACUCGACCUACUACCAGUGAUGAUGUUCAAACCACCCCUACCCCUACCCCUACAAUUGGAUUGGGAACCGUGCAUGAAGAACCUGUUCCAUCCUCAUCCUCUGUCCCUGCUACCGAAUCACCUGCUUCAUCAUUCGUCUCCACCAUUGUUCCUGCACGUCCACAUGAACCGCCUCCACCAGAAAGUAUUAGUAGGUCAGGCAACCAAGAUAGAGCAGGCCCUUCAGAAGCACACUCGUUUUCAGAUUUCAAAACCCGAGUCAAUGCAAUAUCAUUGAGAUAUAAGGACUCGAUUACGAAGACCACAAAGAGUUGGAAAGAAAGAUUAUUUUCACGCAACAACAGCGCCACAGAUGAUGGCUCUAAAGAUAGGGGCGAGGGCAGUGCGACGUUAUCACGUAUGAUGGACCAUCUUCAACAAGACUUAGGACACAUGGACAGUACCACAAGUCCACGUGUCCAGAACACCAACAAUUCUGCAAGUCGAAAUGAGAUUACAGGUUCAGCACCAGCACCAGCACCAAAUUCCGGUAUAGAGUGAGGGUCUGAUCUAUAAUUUUUCAUAUUAAGGAUUGUAUGAUUAAAAUACUACAUGGAUAAAUUAUAUGCCAUCUCUCGAGUAAAUGUUAUAUGAAUAAAGAUUGUUUUUCAUUUUUACUUUUAUUUUAAUUUUACAGAAAGAGCCAUUUGAAUGAGUAA